ACGAAAUAAGAAUUUUAGAAACCUAUUUUUAGUUUAGAGAGUUUAUUAUAUUUCAUAUCGCUUUAUUUUAAUAUUUGCUUUAUAAUAAGUCACAAUGGGAAGAAAAUCGCAUUCAAAGCAAUCUGCUAAGAAGAGUUCCGGGAAGGAAAAUAAUAAGUUAAGUCAGAAUAUUCGUAAAGAGCUCGCGGUGUACGUGGAUAAGUUGCUGAAAUUAACUAGCGUGUUCCAAACUACGGUUAAUUUAGGGAAAAGUUGGGAGCAUCACAAUGACAUCGAAGCGAUUCUGGGAGAAAUUAGGAAUAUUGAAUACCCACUUAACAACCACAAGGUAUCGAAGUCACGGCAGUCACGCAAAGAAAACUUCUUUAGCUGGCUGAGCGAAAAUGGGGCGGCAUUUGAAGGCAUUGACAUCCAAGAGUUUGAAGGGUAUGACCUCGGCCUGGCAGCUCAAAAGGAGUUUAAAGAAGGCUCGCUGGUCCUGACGGUGCCUCGGAAGCUGAUGAUGACUGAGCAGAAUGCGCGGGACUCUGCUCUAUCAGAGUUCAUAGCCAUAGACCCAUUGCUGCAGAACAUGCCAAAUAUUACACUAGCACUGUUUUUGUUGCUUGAGAAGAAUAAUCCAGAAUCAUUCUGGAAACCAUACAUUGAUGUGCUGCCUGAGAAGUAUUCUACAGUUCUUUACUUUAGCCCUGAGGAGCUAUCGGAAUUAAAGCCAUCUCCCGUCUUCGAGUCUUCACUGAAACUAUACAGGAGUAUCGCUAGACAAUAUGCCUACUUCCAUAACAAGAUCCAUACCGUAGACUUGCCAGUCUUAAAAAGCCUCCAAGAAAUAUUUACAUACGAAAACUACAGAUGGGCAGUAUCCACGGUGAUGACUCGUCAGAACAACUUGGAGCAGUCGAGCACAGACACGACAGCCUUCAUACCGCUAUGGGACAUGUGCAACCACGAGCACGGCAAGAUAACAACAGAUUUCAACAAGGAGCUAACCCGCGGCGAAUGCUACGCGUUGCGGGACUUCAAAUCUGGGGAACAGAUCUUCAUCUUCUACGGAGCCAGGCCUAACUCUGACCUCUUUCUACAUAACGGUUUCGUGUACACAGACAACCAACACGACAGCCUAUCUCUCUCGCUCGGUGUAAGCUCAAGCGAUCCCCGCCGGGACACCAGAGUAGCCCUACUGACCAGAUUGGGAUUAGGUGGCGUCACACAUUAUAACUUGUAUCGGGGAGACAGCCCAUUAAGUGCAGAAUUGCUGGCGUUCAUUAGGAUAUUCAAUAUGAAUCAAGAUGAACUAACGAAAUGGUCGAGCCACGGUCUCCCGGGCGACCUAGUCUCCACAGAAGCGACCAGUUUAGAGUCGGUGGGCGCCGAACUCGACCGGCGCGCCUACACGUACCUCCUCACCCGCUGCGGACUCAUCAAGGCCAUGUACAAGACUAAAGACACCACCGAUAACACACAUACGAAAAACAUCAAACUGCUGAAACAGUGCGAAGUACAAAUCCUCGACGGUGCCAUAAAGUACUUGGAAGCCGAACUGCAGAAGUUACCCGCCAACUGAGACCGGUAUAUAUCGACGAUGUUUUUAAGGUACCUCACGUGCAAUCCUUAUUUUUAAUUGUUUAUUUAUGACGAGACAAGUAAACAGUAAAUACUGAUAAUUUUGCCUCGUCACAAAAUAUUUUGCGGCCAUUGUUUAAGAGAAUUCCUAAACAAAGGUCGCAAAAUAGUACAUUACGAUACAAGUGCAUGCAAAAAGAGGAAAUUUGAAACAAGUGAGUUACGAAUUUCCUCUUCGCAGGUAUAUCUUACGACGUUUUUCAGUACAUACCUAUGACCCUUUGAAGUUUCGGCAUAGGCACAUAAUGAACCACUUCUCGCACUAGUGCGAUAAAGUAACACCAUAUGUACAGAGUGGCAACAUUGUAGUGUCAUCCCUUUCAAAUCAAUAUGUGUGAGAAAACGGGACGACACUACGAUGUUGCCACUUUUUAAUUUCUACUCUUUCUGAUCAGACUGUACUGAAUAAGUAUUUUACACUGAAUAGCGGCGUUUAACAAAUAGAGAUACUAAAAUAUAAACAGGGGCAUGUGUGUAAUCGAUGACUCUAAAAAUUAUUACUGUCUUUGUUAUUUACUUCUUUCUACCUGUGUCCACUAAACUAUGGAAGGUAUUUUAAAAACAUCGCUGAUAUUAAUAGAAUAAUCCAACGAAAUUCCACGAUCACACAAACUAUACUGUAUGUUUAAAAAAUAUGAUAUUGUAAUAAUUAGUAAUCUUCAUAUCUGUGGUUGGUGGAGGAAAGUGUGCCUCUUGUAUUGAAAGUGGAUUCACUUAUCUCGCUUGAUUUAGUUAAUACAAUAGCCAAAUAUUAUAAUAUGCUGUAUAUGUUAUGCUUUAACAUGUUGGCUGUCCACAAUACUUAUUAAUACAAUAUUUAUACCGCGUAAUGGACCAUAUAUAUACAUAAGUACUGUUAACUAUACCUAGUUAAAUAAUGUAUUCUGGCAUAAUAGUACUGUCCUGAAAGCACAUUGAUGAAAUGUGCAUAAUGGUUUUUGUCCUGUGUAAUUGCAAACACAGUAGUAAUCAUCUAAUAAUACAUAAAUUCUAUGAACAAAUGAUUAAUAGUUAUAUGUUUUACAAGGGGGCAAAGUUGUUGUUUAACCGCACGUGCCAAUAUUGAUACCCGAGCAAGCGAAAGAUUCCAAUAUUGAAUAGAACGUAGCGAGUGGUUCAAAAACUGGAAUCUUGAGCG